AUGAAAAUAAAACAUAAAUGAUUAUUUUUUUCGAUAUUGAUAUUAUAGAAUUAGCAAUUACAUCGUUGGGUUAUGUGCCUAGAGUAUAAGAUUUGAAUUUUUCUAAAACAAAAAUAUAAUAUUGGGCUGGUGUUGGAAUGUGUUGUGUUGACACUUGAAAGUGUUUGUUUGGAAGAAGCAUCUUGAAUUAUAUAUUUCUGCCUGAAGAAUGGCACUGGGAGGAUCGACCUACUUGAAAAGCACCACAAUGCUGGAGCAACUCUUGGAGGAAAUUAAUUUUCAAAGGACGAAGGAGAUGCGUCAGCUGAUGAAGGAUGAUUGUGGUUUCGUAGUGCUACAAGGAACGACAUAUUGGACAGAUCUGUUCGUGCGGCACUUUCUGUUUCAAGAGGAGCAGUCGAUAGACUGUGACGAUUUGUUGUUUUUUGUAAGAAAACGCCACGUGAAGGGCUCCUCGCGCUACCUGCCCAAGUACGAGACCGACGUCGAGGUGUUCCGGAAGGAUUCCAAGAAGCUGCCCAUCGGAGACCCCGAGAUAGACUGGGAGGAGACGGUCUACCUUAAUCUGAUCGUGCAUCAGUUUGACUACACGCUAACGCUGGCCAUCUGCACGCGGACCAGUCCCAAGGAGCUGCAGGUCCUCAAGCGGCACUCGCAAAAGGUGUACGCGUCGCCCAGCCGCCGCAAGAUGGACACGAAGGGCGAGGGCGAGGAGAUGACCUACCCCCACAUCUGCUUCAUGGUGGACAACUUCGACGAGGUGUUCUGCGACAUAGUGGUGCGCGACGGCGAGAUGGUGUGCGUGGAGCUGGUGGCGCGUGGCCGGGGCUGCGCCGCGCAGGCCGUCAUCUUCCUCGGCUCCAUCCGCUACGACAUCCUCACCAGGGUCUAUGACUCCAGGCAAACGUCGCUGUCGACGAAGGUGGCGCAGCGCAUGUCGUUCGGGCUGCUGGGCGGCAAGACGGCGGCGCGCUGCGAGUUCGUGCGCAUGAAGGGGCCCAGCGGCAAGGGCCACGCCGAGAUGGCGGUGUCGCGGCCCCACGCCACCGGCCUCGACACGCCCUCCUCCGAGCCCGGCCUGCCCGCCACCGACAUGUGGGACAGCGACUGGGACGACGACCCCGAGGAGAUGUUCAUGUACAGGCACCAGCGCCGGCUGAGUGACCCGAGCGCGAACAUCAACAACUUCGUCCGCGGCGGGUGGCGCACGCGGGACUCGCGCGACAAGAGCCGCUCCGAGAAUGAGGGGCUGGACUCACUCGUCAACGGCAUCGCUGAAGUGGAGGCGGGUGACCUGCGCGACGGGCGGCGCGCGGACGUGUCGUCGCCGGCGUGCCUGGGCGCGGUGUCGCGGCGCGUGGCGGCGCAGCGCUCGGCGUCGGCGGACGCGUCGCAGCCGCCGCGGCGCCGCACGCCGGACGGCACGGCCGUGUACUACUGGUGCGACCUGCCGCGCCGCCACGCCGAGCUGGACGACGGCGCGUACAACCCGCUGUGGGCGACGCGCGGCUUCACGCAGACCUUCCACCUGUGGAAGGAGGGCAAGCGCCAGCAGUCCACGCCGCUCAACGCCUACCUCACCUACGUCACGCUGCCCUGGUGGACCAUCGCCAAAGACAUCCUGGACCACCGCGAGGAGCCGGUGCUGACGUUCUGAGUGUCCGACUGACCUCGACGUUUUGUACUCUGUACACACACCCUCACGACGCCGUGCGGACCCCAACCAACGCACAAACUUACUCUAAGAACUGUUGUUUAGUGAUAAACUGAACUCAAUCCAGCCCUGUGAGAUGUCCAUUCCAAUACUAAUUAUUUACUUAUACAAAAAUGUUACAUGUUACGAGCUUCGAACUCGCUACAAAAACUGAUGAAAGAAAUCUAAUUUUAUCCUUAUUUAAUAAGCCAAAAUGAUAGAUCUUCCUAUGAUAAAGUUAGUUUAAAAUUUAAGUGACCACAUUGACACAAGUUCUUGGCCUGAAUGUAGCCUUUGCUAGGACUUGCGAGGACUUCCGAUAUUGAACAAUGAAGAUUUAUGUCGUUUUCGCUGAAAACCAUGUGGGUACUUUAGCAUAAAUGACACCUCCUAUUGAAUAGGUACUUUAAACUGUAACAUCGUUAUUAAAACAGGAAAUAUUGUAAGAAUAAUACAUGGUAUUCAGCUAUAAAAGGACUGUUCUAUACCUACCCCAUGUGUCCAUAAUACCCACACAGCUAUAGACACGUAAGUCAUGGUGUAUCAUAUAGUGAGGGUGUAAUGAUUGCCUUAUGGUCCGGCGUGUCUUUCUGAAUAUUUCGGUGUCGUGUGUCGUGUCUCUGAUAUUACGUGUACUACGCUUGCGCUACACUUGUGAUCACUCAACUUCAUUUCAUUUAGAUAUAACUUCAAAAGUAUUUUAUACUUGACAAGGAAAAUGUCCUCAGCAAUAUUACAAAAGGAACAAAUAGAUUUUAGGCCUUUAGUUUCAAACAAUUAAUAUUUUCCUCGAUAAACAAUGGAGGAUAUAUAUUUAAUUAAUCAGUUAAAUUCAUUACCACUAUAAGGAAAUGUUAAACUAUUGCAUCAGUAAAACAAACAUUUGUUUUCAAUAUUUGCCUCCGCGCUCGUACUUGCUAACAAUAUUAGUUUUGUCAUCACAUUUACCUGAAUCAUGUAAUGGAUACGUAAUAGUGGGACACAUUGUUCUGACGCAAAGUGACCUUCGUUACCGAAACAAUGUGCAUUAUUUGUCUGCUGUGCACACACACACCAGUAUCAAGCUUAUUGAUCUGUAAAACUUGCACCAAAUCACUGACAUUGUAAACUGUAUUACAAAGUUUACAUCACACCACUAUCAUUACGGACGAGAUAGUUAUCAAUGUCCACCAUAAAGUGCCGUAUUUAUGAAGUUAUCUGAUCACGGGUACAAAUCAUCAUAAUUGUAAACUACAGAUUACUUCAUAUUAGUAGGGGAGGCCUAGAAGGGAUUUCGGGAUUUACUCAAGCGCGGCAGAUUAGUAUAUAGGGAGGUACCUAUUACCCCAUUUAACACCUCCACCAAAUAUAAGCCCUGUAUAUGCAGCCGCGCGUCUAGAAUAAAGGAUCAGAUUAGUAAAAAAAAAAUUAUCAUCUGACAUUCUCCAGCGCGUCAGAUUAAGAUAGGGUAAGUUAGUUAUAUGCUAAAAAGUGUAUAUUCCACUAAUCUGACAAUUUGCGAUUGACGAUAAGAAGUAGGAAGGUUACAAACUUGUAAAAAAAAAACGUCAUCUUGACUUUCUCGAGCGCGGCUAUUUUUUUUUUUAUUUUGAAGGGAGUAAUUCAACGUUCACGAAAAAUAUAAAAUCUGACGAUUCCCGUAAGCCGAAGUAAGGAAAAUUAAUCGAUAAAGUUUAAAGCGUGCAGCUACGUGAUGCCGGUAUUCUCCUCCCAAGUUUCUAUUCCUCUCUCUCUUUUUUCAAUUCAAUUCAUUUGCAAUAAGUGUUAGUACAUUUUGGGUCUUAAAUAAUCUACACUAAUAUUAUAAAGCUGAAGAGUUUUUUGUUUGAACUCGCUAAUCUCAGGAAGUUACUGGUCAUGGUAUGCAGAUAUAUUGUUUUUAACGAAGACGAUUCAUUUUAUUGCAUACUUUUGUUAAAUACGUGUGCCUUCCAGUUGCAUUGUUUGUCUAUCGUGAUACCGAGAAAUGCCGUUUCGUAUACUUCGCCUUUUUUAUACAGGUCGUGGUGGCCUAGUCAUCCGGUUAACAUUGGCUCUACUCUGCAUAACGUGGUUCACAAAUUACGCGCGUAGUGUCGCUUCAUCAAUGAAAGCAACUGCUAUCUCUUUCUAUCUGUUCUGCAAGAGUGGCAACGCGCAACUCUACUGGAUGGUUUUAAUUAAACUAAUAAAUUAAGUCUUUAUACGUAUUUUUUUUUGUACCUAUGAAAAUAGCUGGGAAAAAGGCUGGGCAGAUUAUUUAGAUUUUAGAUUUAUCUAUGUUAGUUCUUAGUUUUUGUAAGAUUUACGCGUAGAUUAUUUCCGUCAAGCCAUGUUAUUAUAGAUUCUAUUGUAUUGUUUAUGACACAUGUAUAUUUAUCAAUGUCAUUAUAAUUAAAUGUAAUUAUUAUAGAAAUUUAUGUAAUGUAUGAGCAGAUUGAUACACUCCGCUAAUAGCAAUGUCAUAUAUAUCAUUGUAUUAUGUGCCUUCUUAUCGAGAACAACCUUUAUUAUAACAGCUUUGUUGAAAUGUUUGUCCGUUCUGAGAUAUAUCUCAAAAAGUGUCUUUUUGAUCUUUAGAUCAAAAAGUGUGUAAAAGUUGAUAGUACUUAGAAGACAUACUCGUAGUAGCACUUAGAUAUUCCUUUAAAAACUUGAGAUAUCAAUGGAUUAUUUAGUUUCAACUUUUACACACUUUUUGAUCUAUAUCUCAGGACGGGCAAACGUCAACAAAGCUGUCAUAUUAAAGGUUGUUCUAGAUAAAAAGGCCUAUACAAUGAUAUGUAUGACAUUGCUAUUGGUGGAGUGUACGAGGUUCCGUAUAUUUGUGUCCAUUGUCCUUUAUGUUUUUCAUACUUAUUUGCUUAUAAAUAAAAGUUUUGUACUUCAAAGAAUAGGUA